AUGGCAGCCGACUUCGCUACAACAUUGGAAAACCCAAGUCUUUUCGUUGGAAAAUCUUUCAUCGACGGACAUUGGAUCUUUUCUGAACCAUGCAAAACAUUCAAAGUCCAGAAUCCUGCCACGGACGAAGUCAUUGGGACAUGUCCAGAGUCGACCGUCGACGACUUACGCGAUGCAAUCGACGCCGCUUCCGCCGCAUUCCCGCUAUGGAGGGCUCAAUCUGGGCGUGCCCGAGGGCGCAUUCUGCGCCGUCUCGGCGACCUCAUCACCGAAAACAAGGUCGACAUCGGCAGGAUCAUUACUGCCGAGAACGGGAAGGCCAGGGCCGAUGCCGAGGGUGAAGCUCUUUUCUCAGCCAGCUUCUUUGAGUGGUUCUCCGAAGAAGCUCCCAGGAGUCAUGGAGAUAUCGUCCCGCACAUGAAUCCUCAGGGAAGAAUUCAAAUAUUGAAACAGCCCAUCGGAGUCUGCGGUCUUAUCACACCUUGGAACUUCCCCAUGGCGAUGGGUGCACGCAAGAUAGCGGCGGCUCUUGCCGCUGGUUGUACCGUGGUACUCAAAUCCGAUGGCCUUACGCCAUUCUCUUCCAAUGCCCUGGGUGUCUUGGGGGAGAUGGCGGGCAUUCCCAAGGGAGUCCUCAAUAUUGUCACCGCGCUUGACAACACCCCGCAGCUUGGCCUCGCCCUGUGUGAAAGCACCACCGUCCAAAAGAUUUCCUUCACGGGGUCAACCAGAGUCGGCAAGCUUCUCAUGAAGCAGUCCAGCAGUACGCUCAAGAAGUUGAGUCUCGAGCUGGGGGGGAACGCCCCUUUCAUUGUUUUCGACGAUGCGGACCUAGAAACGGCUGUGUCCAGCGCUAUCGUCAGCAAAUUCAAAGUCUCGGGUCAGACCUGCGUAUGCGCCAACAGAUUCUACGUUCAAGACGGUAUCUACCAACGUUUCAGCGAGCGUCUUGUCAAGGAGGUCAAGAAGUUCAAGGUCGGGAACGGCAGUAUCGAAGCUGUCACUCACGGGCCACUUACGACAAGCGUUGCCAAGGUAGAAGAACACGUAAAGGACGCUCUGAGAAAAAACGCAAAGCUUCUUCUCGGAGGGCAUCGUCUACCCGAGCUUGGGUCUAGGUUCUUCGAGCCGACCAUUCUUGGCAAUGUCGAUGACACAAUGGCCGUCAUGCACGACGAGACAUUUGGUCCAUUGGCGGCGUUGACCAGGUUUAACAACGAGGAAGAGGUGAUCGCGAGGGCGAACUCAACGGAAGUUGGACUUGCUUCGUACCUCAUGACCGCUGAUCUCAGCCGAUCUAUACGUGUAUCAGAGAGGCUGGAAUGCGGAAUGGUAGCUCUGAACACGGGUGUUAUUUCGGACCCCGCAGCACCCUUUGGGGGUGUCAAGCAGUCUGGGUUUGGCCGUGAAGGAAGUCGAUACGGCAUGGAUGACUACAUGGUUUCUAAAACCAUUGUUACGGGUGGUAUAGUCACAAAAUACAGUGCCCACUUGUAG